AUGAAUGGGGACCUGGAGCUGGACCAUGAUGCUCCACCUGACAACCAUACUAUAUGUGUCAAGUACAUCACCAGUUUUACAGCUGCUUUCUCCUUCUCAUUGGAGACGCAACUCACAAUUGGUUACGGCACUAUGUUCCCAAGCGGGGACUGUCCCAGUGCUAUUGCACUGCUUGCAAUACAGAUGGUCCUGGGGCUCAUGCUGGAAGCCUUCAUCACAGACCAUGUCCACCCAAGCCUGCUUCUGUUCCUUUGGAGUGUUUCACAGAGCUUGGAGGCUGCAGGGAACCAAUCCAGGUACAGUGCUCUUACUCAGUUUGUUCUUUUCCAUGAUGCAGGUGCUUUCGUGGCAAAGAUCGCCCGACCAAAGAAUCGGGCAUUCUCCAUCCGCUUCACCCACUCUGCCGUAGUGACACACACUGAGGGGAAGCCAUACCUUAUGUUCCAGGUGGCCAACACACGCUCCAGCCCACUGACUAGCGUCCAGAUUUCUGCUAUACUUUACCAAGAACAAGAGAAUGGGCAGCUGCACCAAACUAGUGUGGACUUCCACCUAGACAGCAUAACUGCGGAUCAGUGUCCUUUUUUCAUCUUUCCACUGACCUACUACCAUUCAAUCACUCCAUCCAGCCCCCUGGCUGCUCUCCUCCAAAGAGAAGCUGCUCACCAUUUUGAGCUGGUCGUCUUUCUGUCAGCCAUGCAGGAGGGCACAGGAGAAACGUGUCAAAGGAGAACAUCCUACCUCCCCUCAGAGAUCAUGCUGCACUAUCGCUUUGCCCCCGUGCUAGCCCGCAAUGCCAAAGGUGAAUAUCAGAUCAAGAUGGAGAAUUUUGACAAGAUUUUUCCUGAGCUCCCAGCCGCGGCUGACUCAAAGAGUCCAAAAAGGACUGACAAGGAGAUCCGCAUCAAUGGACAGCACAGUGACAGCUUCCAGCUCUCUGAGACUGGCCUCACAGAAUAAAGAGGACAGACUUUGAACUUUGUGCUUUUUUAAUUAUUGUUACAUCAAACUUUCAGGUUCCAUUUACAACCUU